UUCACGUUACAGCAAAAAGGCUGUCCUUGAUUCAAUAGUGUACAGUUAUCGACACGGCUUCUCAGGCUUUGCAGCCAAGCUAACAGAGUCCCAAGCUCAGCAAAUUUCUGAACUGCCUGAAGUAGUGCAAGUCAUACCAAAUACAUUAUACGAAAUGACAACAACAAGAACUUGGGAUUACUUAGGCAUAUCUCCAGGAAAUUCAGAUAGUCUCCUAGAAAAGGCCAGGAUGGGGUACCAAGUAAUCGUUGGAGUCCUCGACACAGGAGUGUGGCCAGAGUCUGAAAUGUUUAAUGACAAAGGCUAUGGACCUAUACCAAGCCGUUGGAAAGGCGGCUGCGAAUCUGGAGACCUCUUCAAUGGCUCAAUUCAUUGCAACAGAAAGCUGAUAGGAGCAAAAUACUUUGUUGAUGCCAACAAUGCCGAAUUUGGAGUCUUGAACAAAACAGAGAACCCAGACUACCUUUCCCCAAGAGACAUUAACGGUCAUGGCACGCAUGUUGCCUCGACCAUCGGUGGUUCUUUUCUACCUAAUGUAAGCUACUUAGGCCUCGGACGAGGAACUGCAAGAGGUGGUGCUCCCGGUGUUCAUAUAGCUGUUUAUAAGGUAUGCUGGCUUCAAAGAGGGUGUUCUGGAGCUGAUGUCUUAAAAGCAAUGGAUGAAGCAAUCCAUGAUGGUGUUGAUAUUUUGUCACUCUUGCAAACUAGUGUUCCUUUAUAUCCAGAAACCGAUUCGAGGGAGCUGACCUCUGUUGGAGCAUUUCAUGCGGUCGCAAAGGGAAUUCCUGUUGUAGCUGCAGCUGGUAAUGCUGGUCCCACGGCUCAGACCAUUUCGAAUGUAGCUCCUUGGGUUUUGACAGUGGCUGCAACCACUCAAGACCGUUCCUUUCCUACAGCCAUAACACUUGGGAACAAUAUAACAAUACUGGGUCAAGCCAUCUUUGCCGGUCCAGAACUCGGUUUUGUUGGUCUUACUUACCCAGAGUUUUCCGGUGACUGCGAGAAGCUCUCUUCUAAUCCCAACAGUGCAAUGCAAGGAAAAGUUGUGUUGUGUUUCACAGCAUCUAGACCAUCAAAUGCUGCUAUAACCACAGUACGCAAUGCGGGUGGUCUCGGGGUAAUCAUUGCAAGAAAUCCGACCCACUUGCUUACUCCAACUCGUAACUUUCCAUAUGUUUCCGUAGACUUCGAGCUCGGGACCGACAUUUUGUACUAUAUACGCUCCACAAGAUCUCCCAUUGUAAACAUACAGGCUUCAAAAACACUUUUUGGACAAUCCGUGUCGACAAAGGUUGCAACUUUCUCAUCAAGAGGACCUAAUUCAGUCUCUCCAGCGAUUCUUAAGCCGGAUAUAGCAGCACCUGGUGUGAACAUACUAGCAGCUAUUUCUCCAAAUAGUUCUAUAAAUGAUGGAGGAUUUGCUAUGAUGUCAGGGACAUCAAUGGCUACUCCUGUUGUGUCAGGAGUUGUUGUACUCCUCAAAUCAUUACAUCCUGAUUGGUCUCCUUCUGCUAUAAAAUCGGCUAUUGUUACAACAGCUUGGAGAACUGAUCCAUCUGGAGAGCCGAUUUUCGCAGACGGGUCAAGCCGCAAGCUAGCUGAUCCAUUUGAUUACGGAGGAGGCCUCAUAAAUCCCGAGAAAGCUGUAAAGCCAGGUCUCAUAUACGACAUGACCACAGAUGACUACGUUAUGUACAUGUGCUCUGUUGAUUAUAGUGACAUUUCAAUUUCUCGAGUCCUCGGAAAAACAACAGUCUGCCCUAAUCCCAAACCUUCUGUUCUUGAUCUCAACUUGCCUUCCAUCACAAUCCCAAACCUCAGAGGCGAAGUCACUCUCACAAGAACAGUCACUAACGUUGGACCCGUUAACUCAGUAUACAAGGUUGUAAUCGAUCCUCCAACUGGCGUUAAUGUGGCUGUUACACCAACAGAACUAGUGUUCGACUCUACAACCACAAAGCGAUCUUUCACUGUUCGGGUCUCGACUACACACAAAGUAAACACUGGUUACUAUUUUGGAAGCUUGACUUGGACUGAUAAUCUUCACAAUGUAGCCAUCCCAGUAUCUGUAAGAACACAGAUCUUGCAACGGUACUACGACGAAAACUGAUUUAAGCUAAAAACCAGAUUUGUUAAGGAGAACUGCUCAAAUACUUUUUACUAUAUUGUUGUGAUGAAGAAAUAUGUAAAGCAUCAUGCUAAUGAAUAAUAAUAUUAUCUAAGUUGUGUUAUAUUGAUUUGUUGACGAAUAUGUAAAGCAUCAUACUGAUAAAUAAUACUAUUAUCUAAAUUGAA